AAAUACCCUGAUACGGUCCAAUACUCUGUGAGUAUUGCAGGGGGAAACUAUACUCUGCAUCUGGAAAAGAACAAAAAUCUUGUGGGAAAUAACUUUACUGUGACACACUAUUCUGAUCAGGGCACCCAAAUGACAGAUACUCCAGAUUAUACGGUUCACUGUUACUACCAUGGACAUGUCGUGGGAGUGAAGGACUCUUCGGCCAGCAUUGAAUUGUGCUCAGGAAUGAAGGGAUUUGUGACCCUCCAAGACGAGAUGUACCUCAUUGAACCUCUGCCAGGUGAGGAGACGGGACGGCGAGACGACGGUCAGGGUUCCGAGGCUCCCGGCGACAGCCGUCCUCACGCUGUUUACAACUACAAACACCUGAGGAGGAAGAGGAGCUCCUGUUCCCAUGGAAACACAAGCACUUUCUAUGAUCACGGCGCUCGUCCGUCUGGACUCUUCCAGCUUGGCAGCCUGAAAAGCAGAGCCCAGACCAAAGACGGUAAAGGCAAACCCAGAACGGUGGAGCUGGUUUUGGUAGUGGACAACACCGAGUACAAGAAAUUUGGCAGUAAGAGGACCGUAGAGGCCAGGAUGCUCGAGAUAGCAAACCAUGUAGAUAAGUUGUAUCGCCCUGUGGGAGUCCGUGUGAUGCUGGUCGGACUGGAAAUCUGGACCUACAGUGAUCAGAUUGAGGUCAGCGCCGACGUUGACCUCACGCUCGUUCGCUUCAUCGAGUGGCGCAAGCAGCGCCUGCUGCCGAGGAGCCGACACGACAACGCUCAGUUCAUCACAGGCGUCGAUUUUAUUGGCUCCACUGUUGGGUUGGCAAACACCAAAGCCAUGUGCACAUCGAAUUCCGGAGCCAUCAAUGAGGAUCAUAACACCAAYUCAAUUGGAGUGGCUUCCACCAUAGCACAUGAGAUGGGCCACAAUUUGGGCUUGGUCCACGAUACUGAGGAAUGCGUCUGUGGAUCCUUUGCAUCCAAAAAAGGCUGCAUCAUGGCUGAGAGCGUUGGCUUCGAGUACCCAAAGCACUUCAGCAGCUGCAGUCAGCAGCAGCUCAGCGCCUUCCUGGAGGAGGUCAACCCUGCCUGUCUGCUGGACACUCCCUCCACUGAGCGGAUCUAUGGGGGGCCAGUGUGUGGAAAUGCCUUCUUAGAGCCCGGAGAAGAAUGCGACUGUGGGACUGUGGAGGAAUGCAAGAAUCCCUGUUGCAACGCCACCACUUGCAAGCUGAAUGUGGGAGCUCAGUGUGCAGAAGGAGAGUGCUGCCACAACUGCCAACUGAAACCAACAGGCAGCAUCUGCCGACCGAAAUCCGGAGACUGCGACCUGGCAGAAUACUGCACGGGCCUCUCUGCAGCCUGUCCCGCUGACGCCUUCACCCAGAACGGUCUGCCGUGCGACCGCGGAAAGGGAUACUGCUUCAACGGGCAAUGUCCGUCACGACAGGAUCACUGCAAGAGGCUUUGGGGACCAGGUGCUCAAGUAGCUGUCGCUGAUUGUUUCUAUCUGUACGGAGGCUGCAGGAAGACACUGUUUACCCAAAGAUGCUCCAGCCCAGAUCAAUCUUGCGGAACACUUUUCUGCUCCGGAGGAAGGGAGUUUCCAGUGACGAACAAAAAGUCCUUUUAUAAAGUAGGAAAUGGAGCCAUGUGCAAUGAGGCAACCAUGAACCCUGACGACAACUACCCACCAGACCUCGGGAUGGUGCCUACUGGCACCAAGUGUGGCGACAACAUGGUGUGCUUCAAUAAAAAAUGUGAAGACAUCAAAAACAUCAAAUCGUACGGAACAAACGACUGCUCGUCCAAAUGCAACAACCGCGGGGUGUGCAACCAUGAGAGUACAUGUCACUGCCAUCCUGGCUGGGCGCCUCCUUUUUGCGACGUGAAGCUGUCAGAGCUGACCGAAGAGCCGGGCCUGGUUGUUCUUAGUGUGUCCCUGGUGGUUGGAUUGCUUUUUCUGCUGGUCCUGGUUAUUGGGAGUCUGAUGUGUUGCAUCAGAAAAAGGCCACACACAAAAAGAUUCCUUCCAGUGACCUCAGGACAAUCGAACCCAGUGUUUCAGACCAGUAUUCCACGAGGCAGUCCUCGUCUCGGGCCGGCACAAAUCAGCCAACCCACAUUUUUGGAGUCAUCUGCCAGUCAAGCCUACAAACCUCUGAGCUCUGCUGCUGUCAAACCCCCGACCGGAGCUCCGAGGCCCUGCAGAGCGGCUCCAGAGCCUCCCAGGAAAGCUCCAGAUGCACCUAAGCCAUCUAAGGUUCAGCAGGUUACAAGGAUAUUAAUGCAGCCACCAGCGAUUUCCAGUCUUCCAGCACAUAACGAGACUAAACCACUACCUCCCACCAGACCGCUGCCACCACUUGCAUCCAAACCAAAGCCKAAGCCUCCGAUGCCUCCGAAGAAGCCCUCUGCAGCCCCGUCCUCACUGCCACAUACACAGCUGCUCGGAGGGAGAGUUGCCCUGAAGCCCCCCAGCAGGCCAAGAUGACAGUGGGAAUAACUCACCCUGGUUUGACAUUUUCUGACAGGUUUUUUUUUUUUUUUUUUUUUUGGGUGGGGGGUGGGGGGUAUCCCAUUUUGAAGGAUCAAGAAGAUCCUUUCAGGAGAUACUCGUCUGUUUUUGUGUGGAAUCAAGAUCCACCAAGGAAUCAGAGAAAUGAAGUGUUGUACCAGUUGCCGUGCCACAUCUGCAUCUCGUUGUCACUGUUGGUAGAAAUCUGUUUAACAAACUCAAUUUGAGUGCUUUAGACAAUAGGCGAAUAAUUCUGCUGAUAUGCUGAAUUUUGAUGCAGUGUUUAAUAGGAUUAUCUAAUUUGUCAAGUCUUUAYCGGCCAACUGCACUAUAAAACGCAUUUGUUUACAAGGGCACACUUUUCAUGGUUUGACUGGACAUUUUUAGGUCUCCUGGUUAUUUAUUUAAUAUUUUACUCUACUUCCUGAAACCAGGUUAAGUUGUUAUCCCAGAUAUUUAGACAUCCUCAUAUUCAGGGAAAUUUAUAAUGUAUUAUUUUUAAAUGUAAAGACAAUUUCUAAAACAKAAUCAAAACCUAAUGUAAACUGAAAAUCACUAUGCUGUAAAGCAUAAAACCUGCUCAGUGUCAUAAUGGUAAUAAAUGUUACUUUUUUAUGUUGGUCCAGUACUGCCUUCUUAAAAAAAAAGAAAAACAAACAAAAAGGGAUUUUAAAAUGCUUCUUCUAAACUGGACAGCUGUCCCAGUAUUUUUUUUUUUUAGAUUUGUAUUCUAUUUAGCAGAUGUUUUACAAUGUUUUGUAAUAAGUUUUGUCAGUUUUAUUUUUCAUGACUGAAUUGUCUCUCUCAUUUUUGGAUGUUUAUGUAUUUUUACACCUUCUGUGGUUGUUUUGUGUCUUAAACAGAUCACUUUAGUGCCUAUUAAUAAUUGUUUUAUGAGCUGUGGAUCUACUUGAUGCAUCUGUUUGUGGUCGUAUUGAAUGUUCUCAUCUUYGUGAAUCUUUUUCUCUCUUUUGAACAUAAAUUACAGCUCGUCUGUAUGAUGAAAUGAUCGGUUCUGAGCACAAACGUGGACACUUUAUUUGGAUGUUUUAACAGAAAUUAGUUUUUAUUGCUUUGUGGUUAUUAUGGGUACUUUAUGUAUUUUAAUUGUAAUUCUAGAAAAAUGUUUUGUUAGUUUUACAAUCAUAAAAAUGAAAUGGUUUUGAGUUGUGUGUGUUUUUUUACGUUCUUAUCACAAUAAAUGAGAUUGUCACGAUAAA